AUCCAUCCACGCCUGACAUGAACUUCGUGAUGUUUUGGCACACUCCCCAAUUCUCGUUUCUAAGCAAGUUGUUUUCUUUAUCGGAAAGGGCUUUUAUUAAAGAUCUGUACGAGGAACAUUCUGACAGUAUCAGAAACGAUCAGGAUACCAUGAAGAGCUUCUGCUCAAAAUAUAAUGUGGAAGAGAAGCACGUCAUUGCAUAUGUUAAUCAUUUGAAGGAUAUUGAGAUCCGAAAGGACAUCAGAACAAGAGCAGCUCAGGAGCGAAGAAGGCAAGAGGCCGAACGAACGUACAAGGACUUUCAAUGGGAUAACCUCAUCGAGGGUGGCAAAGUUCAAAAGUUGCGGGUAAGAGAACUAGACCUGUAUCUCAACAAGCAUGGUUUGACGACUGUGGGUCGGAAACUUGACAAAGUGAAGGCCAUUCGAUGUCACUAUUACCGACAGAAUAAAGAGACUGUGAUAACAGAAGAACUGUCGAGUGAUGAAGAUGACGUGGAAUUCGAGGAUGAAGAAUCCGAAAGUGGAGAGGCAGAGAGCGACGAUGACUAUGUUUUCGUGGAUUUGGAUGAACAGCCUGAGAUUGGCACUUCCUCGACAAUUCAGUUCGUAUCUGACGAGCAAAUAUUUACCGUUGUGGUUCAAGGUCCAUGAGACGUAAGUACCACUAUUAAAAUAUCACUUGCAUAUUCAAAAAGUUAUUUGGCGGUGGCUGGGAGAAAAGGGGGGGGGGAUCAUGAAACUUUCCACUACCGAUAAGGGGGGAUCUCUAAAAAACCAGAUACUCUACGGGGGGAUCAGGUAAAUGCUUCGAUGUGACAACAAAAAUACUCCGACCCCCCCCAG